CCUCAUAAGAAGAAGAUUAGUUUCACGCGCUCUCUGUUGUUAUGUUGGGAGGCUAUAAACAGUUAGAAAUGUUUCUUUUAAGAGAAAAAUUCAGUUUUUAAUCAGGUCAGUAAAUAUCUGUAAUAUCGUCCUCAUAGUCGAGAGUAUUAUUAUUUUUUAGGAAGCAGGAAUAUCUGGAGGAUUUGCUGCUGCUGUGAAGAUGGAAUUUGUUAAAGAGGAGAGUGAAGAGAACACGAGUGAAGCAGAAACCAGGAGAAUAAAACAGGAGAAACCAGAAACCUGGAGAAUAAAACUUGAGGAACCAGAAAUCUGGAGAAUAAAACACGAGGAACCAGAAACCGUGAAAAUAAAACACGAGGAACCAGAAACCGUGAGAAUAAAACACGAGGAACCAGAAACCGCGAGAAUAAAACACGAGGAACAAGGAGAGUUCAUGGAAGAAAAAGAGGAGAAUACAGAAUCAAAUGAAGUUGAGGAGAAAAAUCUGGUCAAAACUGGAGGAAAACAUUUGAUUUGCUCUCAAACCAAACGGAAAGAUUUAAAGAAAAAAAGAGCCAAGAAGUUUUUCAACUGCACUCAGUGUGGAAAGAAAUUGAAACACCGAUUCAGUUUAAAGCGUCACAUGAGAAUUCAUACGGGAGAGAAACCAUUCACUUGUAAUCAGUGCGGGAAGAGUUUCAAACAAUCACCUAACUUCAAGAGUCACAUGAAAAUCCACACUGGAGAGAAGCAGCACGCAUGUUAUCAAUGUGGUAAAAUGUUUUUAUGGGCUUCACUUCUAAAGAAACACUUGAAAGUUCAUGCGAAAGAGAAACCACAUCCAUGUCAUUUGUGUGGUAAGAGUUUUUUGCAUCUACAAAGUUUGAAAGUACAUCAGAAAAUACAUACUGGUCUGAGAGAGUGCAUGUGCUUUGAGUGUGAAAAUACAUUUAGUUCAGUGAGUAGUUUAAAACUGCACGAGAGGAUCCACACUGGAGAGAAACCUUUCAAGUGUUCACACUGUGACAAGAGAUUUGGUCAGUCAGAACAUCAAAAAAUACAUGAGAGGAUCCACACUGGAGAGAAACCUUAUAAAUGUUUACACUGUGAGAAAAGAUUCAGUGUUUCAUCAAGUCUGAAAACACAUGAGAGGAUUCACACUGGAGAGAAACCUUAUAAGUGUGCACACUGUGACAAGAGAUUCAUUCAGUCAGUACAUCUAAAAAAACAUGAAAGGAUCCACACUGGAGAGAAACCUUAUAAAUGUUCACACUGUGACAAGAGAUUCAGUAAUUCAUCAAGUCUGAAAACACAUGAGAGGAUUCACACUGGAGAGAAACCUUAUAAGUGUUCACACUGUGAUAAGAGAUUCAGUAAUUCAUCAAGUCUGAAAACACAUGAGAGGAUUCACACUGGAGAGAAACCUUAUAAGUGUGCACACUGUGACAAGAAAUUUAAUCAGUUGGUAAGACUGAAAACACAUGAGAGGAUCCACACUGGAGAGAAACCUUAUAAGUGUUCUCAAUGUGACCAGAGAUUUAUCAAUUGGCCAAGUCUGAUAAGACACAAGAGGAUUCACACUGCAGAGAAACCUUAUAAAUGUUCACACUGUGACCAGAGAUUUCUUAAUUGGCUAAGUAUGAAAAAACACGAGAGGAUCCACACUGGAGAGAAACCUUAUAAGUGUUCACACUGUGACCAGAGAUUUAAUUAUUUGCCAAGUCUGAAAAAACACGAGAGGAUUCACACUGGAGAGAAACCUUAUAAGUGUUCACACUGUGACCAGAGUUUUAAUCAUUUGACAAAUCUGAAAAAACAUGAGAGGAUCCACACUGGAGAGAAACCUCAUAAGUGUUCUCACUGUGACCAGAGAUUUAAUUAUUUGCCAAGUCUGAAAAAACACGAGAGGAUUCACACUGGAGAGAAACCUUAUAAGUGUUCACACUGUGACAAGAGAUUCAGUGAUCCAUCAAGUCUGAAAACACAUGAGAGGAUUCACACUGGAGAGAAACCUUAUACAUGUUCAAACUGUGACAAGAGAUUCAGUAACUCAUCAAGUCUGAAAAAACAUGAGAGGAUCCACACUGGAGAGAAACCUCAUAAGUGUUCUCACUGUGACCAGAGAUUCAGUGAUUCAUCAAGUCUGAAAACACAUGAGAGGAUUCACACCGGAGAGAAACCUUAUAAGUGUGCACACUGUGACAAGAGAUUCAGUGUUUCAUCAAGUCUGAAAACACAUGAGAGGAUUCACUCUGGAGUGAAACCUUAUAAGUGUGCAUACUGUGACAAGAGAUUCAGUGAUUCAUCAAGUCUGAAAACACAUGAGAGGAUUCACACUGGUGAGAAACCCUAUAAGUGUGCACAGUGUGACAAGAGAUUCAGUGUUUCAUCAAGUCUGAAAACACAUGAAAGGAUUCACACUGGCGAGAAACCUUACAAGUGUUCACACUGUGACAAGAGAUUCAGUGAUUCAUCGAGUCUGAAAACACAUGAGAGGAGUCACACUAGAAAGAAACCUAAUAAGUCUUAACACUUUGACAAUAGAUUCAGUGAUUCAUCUGGCAUACCCCCCUAGAAAGACAUGUUUAAAGACAUGGAACCCCCCCCCCCCCCCCAACACACAGACACACACCUACUUAUUCCUAAAAAUCAAGCCAAGAAAAACAUUCACUGAGUGGAGACAUCAACUAACAUUUGGACUUUGCAUUGACUAGGAUCACAGACUUGAGGAGUUCACACCUUGCUGAUGAACAGGGGGUCGUUUGGAUGGGAAUUUAACUCUAAACUAACUCAUGUUACAUUAUAUUCUGUUUCUCUAGACACACGACCAUUGCACCAGUCACACUGAGACAUGUCAACAGAUACACAAUGACAUUUUUUUUUAUAUAAUCGUUCUGCUUGAACCUGAGAGGGAAUGAUGGGUAAAUAAAGGACGUUUUGAAGAAAAAACAGAUGCAAAGAAAAGGAAAAAGUUUUCCCCCAUCUUCACUUUGAAAACAUGUAUUCGUAAUGUCUGUAUCCUGAGAGAUCAAAGUUUCUAAGGUCAUUUCAGCCUUUCACUUGUAACAGGCUAAGCGUUACUUGGGUUUUAUAUUGUAUUUUCCUUGUCUAUUGCCUAAAGAGUUGACAAGCGUAAUACCACUAGGACCUCUUGAGGGCACAAGUGAGUAAUUGUUACAGGAUAUCAGCCUGGUAGUCAGAGAGCAAGUGUGUUCAUUUGGUAGAGGGUAGUGGUGGAAAUUAUGAUUCUUUCUAGAGAUUCGUUAAUUUUCAGUUCGUUCACCAAAAUGAUUCGUUCAAUGAUUCGUUCAGUUAUCAUUUCUUCGUAUUACACAAAAUAUGCCAGCAGGUGGCAAAAAACAGUGUAUUAUGUGUUAUGUCUUUAGUCAACGAACGUAUUCGCUUGUUACAAAAACUAAACUGGCUUUAUUAAAAUGUGUAUAAUUGCAUUCAAUAUAUAAAGUCUAAUUAAGUUGUUUAGAUGAACAAAGCACAAGGUUUUCUUGCCUAAUUAGCAUUUUAAUUGUUUGGUCAGACAGUUUGUAUAUUAUAUAUUCACAUUCAUAAAUCGGGGAUUAAACGUGGAGUUCUGUAAGCUAAAUAUCAAAACAAGCAUAUGUGCACAGUGCUGUACCUUUGCAUUUUCCGAGAUUGACAUGCUAAAUGGCAGACUAACCCGGUUUACUCUCAUUCAUUACGUUCACGAACGAGAUAAGCUAUGUAACAGUUAAUUUCAUUCACGAAUGACAUGUAUCCGUUCAUUCAGCUCAUUCACGAAUGACAUGUUUCAGUUCAGUCAUUUCAUUCACGAAUGAGAUGUACUAAAUCAUUCAACUCGUGCAAGAGUGACAUGGGUAACGUUACCAGUUCAGUCAUUUCGUUCACGAACGAUAAGAUCUCUAGAUCUAGUUCAGACUCAUAUGAAACUUAUAUGAAAUGUUCAUUGAAGGGCGUUUUCGUUCACUACAUUCAACAAAUCACAUAAUCUGUCACAUCUCAUACUCGAAGGCUAUUGGCUCAAGGUUGAGUAAUUAUUUGACAGGUUGAAAUGGUUGUUACCCGGUUCACCGAGCUGCGCAUGCGCUACUAAUAGCGCCGCGCUGCUGUGGAGGGAGGAACUUCACUGAACGAGAAAUAUGAGUCAGUGGAUUACGUGAACGAGAAUGAUUCGUUCACCUAAAAGAUUCGUUCAAAAAAGAACGAUUCGUUCACGAAAGACACAUCACUAGUAGAGGGAAACCUCAUGGUGGAACUGCUACUACCUGCUUACUGGUUGAAAGGCAUAAUUUUUUGAACUUUGAGUUUAUGCUCAAACAAAGGACUAUCUUUGUUGUAUAUUAUAUUUCAGUUGACUACCAUUGGUCCUUCCUGCUCUGGACAUUUGCUUUUUUUGUGUGUAAGCAUAGUUUUGAAGUUGUGGAUUACCAUCCAUAGCAUAGCGAGGCUACGACGCGUGGCCUUCAACUGCACACAUUGACUCUACACUGACUCUUCACUCACUGGAUUAAGGAUUAUAACAUUGCGUCGCACUCAGAUAACCUGGUGGAUUCCUCAUCGUUUCAUCUCACCUAAAGACUAGACUUGAACGCUAUGUUUUCUUUAUUUUUGAUAACGCAUAUGAACAGAGACAAAGACUGUUCUAUUGUUUAUUUUGGUGGUAAUUAAAUAUAUGCACUGGUGAAAAGAAAGAAUAUUUGUCUAGUGAAGUGGUGUUACUUUUCAGUACCAUCCGACUUUCUUUUGAACCCCCUCAGUGUAACAUCUUUAAAAGAAAAGGUGGUGUUGCACACUUGUGAUAUGAUUUUCUUCAUAAAAAUGAAAUAAACAUUUGCUAAUCCAUAUGUUUUUCUCCAGUGUACAGCAAUGUAGAGGAAUAGCCCCAUUGUGAAUUGUGAAGAAGGAACAACUGCAAAGGAAGCGAAAAAGUUUUCCGCCAUCUUCACUCAGUGGGCUUUGAAAACAUGUCUUUGUUAGGGUCUCGGGAGAUCAAAGUUUCUGAGGUUCUUUCAGCCUUGCACUGUUACUUAUUGAUAUGAUUUUUUUUUUUUUUAAAUGGAGCAUUUCUAAAAAAAAAUGUGGCAUCAUUUGGGCUCUUUCUACAGCAUGGUCGGAAAAUAAGAAACUCCUCUAAAUUAUUUGUCUCUAUCUCACAAACUAGCACUGACUGCAUUCAACAAAAAAGAAAAACUGAUGAAGCUGAAAAACAGAUUUUUUUUAACAAUCAAAAAAUUAAAAUGAAUAAAUAACCACCAACCUGUUUGUUCUUGAGUAUCUUGCAGUGUAUUUGAUUAUGCAGGGUUCUGGAUCACUCAUCUUCUCUCUGUUCUCUUUAAUAAACUCAGUCUUUACA